AUGCUUUUAAAGGCGAACAAGACCCUGCACGAUUUCCCAUUUCAUCCCUACUGGUUUGGGCUGAAACCCAACAUGAAAAAUGUACUUGACGACAACGCUAUAUUUAGCUGCAUGGAGGAAUUUUACUCGUUUCGAUUUUCAAACAUUAGUAGUUUUAAUUUAUUAAAUUUAAGUCACUCCAACAAUAAUUAUGUGAAUGUAUGGUUUGACAAUUUGGACAAUUUAAUUAAAUGUCUUAAAAUUAAGUAUUCAUCAAACAAGUCAAAGAUUUAUUUAUACGAAAAAUACCUUCAUGAGAAAUAUCCAAUAAAUGACACAUUUGAUUAUAAAAACCCGCGCCAAUUUUACUAG